AUGAGAACCGCCAUUGCCGUCUUCCUCCUCCUCCUCUUGUUCCACCUCUGCGGCUCCCUCGCCGGCCUUCUCGCAGAGCCGGCCCAGCCUCUGAACCCGGUCGACUUCAACACCGUCCCAGCCCUACCGGUCCAGACGGCUUCCCGGACCUGCCGCCUGGACCUCUCCGCCGAGCUAUUCGGCGGCGUCGCCGCCGCUUGCGGCGGCAGCGUCCUCGACCGGAGCCGCUGCUGCCCCGUGCUCGCCGCGUGGCUGUUCGCCGCACACGCCCGGUCGGCCCUCCAGAUCACGCCGACGGCGGCGGCGGCAGCCUCGCCGGCCGGCUCGGAGAUGCCGAUGUUUCCGGACGACUCGCAGAACUGCGUGAACUCGCUCCAGAGCUCGCUGAGCAGCCGGCACAUAGUCCUCGCCCAGCCGAACUCCACGUGCGACACCGUUUUGUGCUUCUGCGGGAUCCGGCUCCACCAGAUCACGUCGCUCAGCUGCCCGGCGGCGUUCAACAUCACCGGAGGACACCGGAACGCAACGCCGACGGCCGCGGUGAGGAAUCUGGAGACCAACUGCAGGAACUCGUCGUACGCCGGGUGCACCAGGUGCUUAGGUGCUCUGCAAAAGCUAAAAGGGGUGGGUAAAAACGGAACAAAAGGACAAGAAGAGGAAUACGGCAGCGAGAGGGCAAGCAAGAUGCUGAGCAAGGACUGCCAGCUCAUGGGUCUGACGUGGCUGCUAGCCCGCAACAAGACGGUGUACAUACCCACCGUCUCCGCCGUUCUCCGCGCCAUGAUGUACAGCGCCCACCCGCCGCGUGAGUCCACGUGCUCCCCCGACCAGGAGAACAUGCCCCUCGCCGUCGAUUCCCUACAGUUUGAACGAUACGGUUCAUCUUCCUCUGCAGGCGCCUUUAUUCCGGUUCUGCCCCUAAUCAUUCUCUGUUAUCUUUUUCUUUUGUAG